AUGAUUCAAAAACGCACACUGACCUCCAAACAACAAGUUACUAAACCUGAACCCAUCGUGAAACCUGGUAAAUUAACAACAGUUCGUGACGAUUCUCUCAUUAUCAUGAACCUCGUCGACAACCCUGAUCUUCCUCUCAGUCUGCAGGACAAAAACGACAGGAUGCUCUGGGGUGAAUUGAACAAGAAGCUUGAACUUCCUAGAAUAGAGCCUUUGACGGUCACCCGGCUCACUCGAGGAAAGGAUUCUAAGCAUCUAAAUCACCCGAGGCUUCUCCGAGUAACACUUAAGGAUGCUACCGACGUAGAGGACGUCUUGCUAGCAAGCCACUUGCUGAAAUCAGAUGGUAACGUAAGAAUACUGCCCGACAUACCGUACUCUGAGCGCAGUAUUAUACGAAACGUCCCUAAAGAAUCUCGCGAGAAAUUUUUCCGCGGAAGAAACAUAAUUGUCCAAGGUAUGCCGGAAAAUGCAGACCCUACCCAACCAAAUUCUGACAUCAGGGAAAGGAAAUUCAUCAAACAGUCCUUGAGGCUCAAACACAUACUGACUCAGCAUGUGACGAGACUAGCCAAGAAGGACGGUGAUCUUAGACCCCGUCUAAUGAAGAUAACCUUCCCAUCUUCCCACAUGGCGGCUGCAGUUCUGGAGGCAUUUCGUGCUAAUAGACGUCGAUUGCCACCUGGAAUCCACAUGCACCCGGAUAGGCCAUACGAAGUUAGGACCAAGAACAAAGGCAAGUUGGAGCUGACCAUUCCACUUGUGGACUGUCUAAACGAUAAAAAAACGUGUAAAGGACAGGGCCUACCACCUCGGCAAACCUCAUAUAGGUGGGCUACCUGUCCAUUCACAUAA